CCUCCCUCUGUGCGCGCUCCACCUGUGCCGCCGCCGCCUCUCUUCAUGCGUCACGAUGGCAGCUGCUUCUUUUAGACCUGUUCCCUGCGUCGCCCCGCACACAGCGUCCAAACCUGCGCAGCGGCCACAGGUCCUCUCCUCCUCCCGCAGCCGCGUGCUCCCUCUCCCCGCAGCGUCCACGCACCAGGAAGACGCGAGCAAACUUUUGGAGACCAUUUUUACGCACGGGUUCCCCAAAACUGGAAAACUAGAGAAUACAUCUGCUUUCCUCUCUGCACCACCACCAUCACCGUUCACCCGAGCGGGUCUCCCCUCAAACAUCCAGAAGGUACCAUGCGAGUUUACGUGGCUGUGAUCCUCGCGUACGGAGUGUCAGCGCUCAAUGUCACGGAGGAGAAGGCGACAUGCCCCCUUGGAUAUUUCCCCUGUGGCAACCUGACCAUCUGCCUCCCUCAGCUCCUGCACUGCAACGGCAUCGAUGACUGUGGAAAUCAAGCGGAUGAGGAGAACUGCGGAGACAAUAAUGGAUGGCCCCAUCUUUUUGACAAAUAUUUUGGAAUGCCAAGCUAUAACACAGGGACCAAGUCCAACAUUUGCCUGCUGGGGGUCGUUCCUGAGCUGUGUCAGUGCCGGGAGCUGGAGCUGGACUGUGACAGCGCGCAGCUUCGAGACGUCCCUGCGGUGGCGAUUAAUGUCACCAUGAUGUCUCUUCAGAGGAACCGGCUUCACAAGCUGAAGGAAAACACUUUCUUCAAGUACCAGAGCCUCCAGAAACUAUACCUUCAGCACAAUAGAAUUCAAGAUGUGAGUCCUGAUGCAUUCAGAGGACUCUACAACCUGACCAGACUAUAUCUGAGCUACAACAGGAUAUCGGCCCUGAUGCCCGGCGUGUUCCAGGACCUGCACAAGCUGGAGUGGUUAAUCCUAGAAAAUAACAACAUCCAUCAGAUAUCCCCCAUGACCUUUUCAGGACUGAACUCCCUUGUUUUACUGGUUCUUUUGAACAACUCUUUGACCAAGCUGGAUGACAUCUGCCGGGAAAUGCCAAGAUUGAACUGGCUAGAUCUGGAGGGCAAUCUCAUAGAGACGAUUGGAAACGUCUCCUUCUGCUCAUGCAAUAUGUUGACGGUCCUGGUUUUACAGCGGAACAGGAUCGGCCACAUACACGAACAAGCUCUCUUGGUCCUCCAGAAGCUCGGAGAAUUGGAUCUAUCCAACAACAGACUGGUGGCGAUUCCUCCCAAUCUCUUUGUCUUACUGGGGGAUUUGCUUCAACUGAAUAUAUCGUACAAUCCCAUCCUCGAGCUCCAAGUCGACCACUUUGACAACUUGCACAAACUGAAGUCAUUGAGCAUAGAGGGGAUAGAAAUUGGAAACAUACAACGGCGGAUGUUUGAACCUCUCAAAUACCUGACUCAUAUAUUCAACACUGCUCUCCAUUGGGCCCUUAACAAGACACAUGCCGAGUGUGAAGGUGCAGACGGGCUCAUGGGCAUCUACCUCUUCAUGAUCGGCGCUUAUGACCUGAAGUUUCGAGGCGAGUACAACCGGCACGCUCAGGCCUGGAUGGACAGCAGUCAGUGUCAGGUCAUCGGCUCUCUGGCCAUGCUGUCCACUGAGGUAUCCGUCCUGCUCCUCACUUAUCUCACCCUGGAGAAAUACAUCUGCAUCGUCUACCCUUUCAAGUACUUGACGCCCGGCUGGCGACGAACUGUCACCAUCCUUUUCGGAAUUUGGGUGUUUGGCUUUAUCGUCGCCUUCCUGCCGCUGGUCUGCAAGGGGCUGUUUCGCAACUUCUACGGGACCAACGGAGUUUGCUUCCCGCUGCACUCGGAGCAGCCUGAGACGCUUUGGGCUCACGUUUACUCCAUCGUUAUCUUCCUGGGUCUGAACCUGGUGGCGUUCCUCAUCAUCGUCCUGGCCUAUGCAAGCAUGUUCUAUAACAUCCAGAGAACAGGCACUCAGACCACCAAGUACAGCAACCACAUCAAGAAAGAGGUGACCAUCGCCAAGAGGUUCUUCUCCAUCGUCGUGACGGACUCCCUGUGCUGGAUCCCCAUUUUCAUCCUCAAGAUCCUGUCACUGCUGCAGGUGGAGAUUCCCGGCACCAUCAGCUCCUGGGUCGUCAUAUUUAUCCUCCCCAUCAACAGUGCUCUUAACCCCAUCCUCUACACGCUGACCACGCGGCCUUUCAAAGAGACCAUUCUGCAGGUGUGGGCCAACUACAGACAGAAGAGGCCGCUGCUCAGCGGUCACCCCGCUCAUCAUCCGUCGCUCACCUGGCAGGAAACGUGGCCCCUGCAGGAGAACAGCCACGGCCUCACCCCGGGCCACGCUCUGGAAAUGACAAACGCGCUGGCCAAGCUCACCCCUGUGGAAAAUACCAACGACGGAUGCAAUGACAUCACGCGGUGCACGCAGCAGCAGCAGCAGCAGCAGCAGCAGCAGCAGAAGCAGAAGCAGUGUACGGUCGUGUCGGUGUGCUCGCAGAAACAAACCAUGCUGCGCACGCUCACUCACACACAAACACAUGAACUCAUCUAAGUGUCUCACUGCAAGAACAUGUGAUCAUUCAUCCGUCUCCACAACUACAAGAGUUUAACCGGUUUAAUGAUACACUGAUUUUUGAGUGGUUUUGUGGAAAUCCCAGUGUGUGCCUGUGUCACCGGAGCGUCAGCCAUCGCAGCAGAAGAGUGAAGUCCGUCUUCAAAUUCUUUCUACGUAGGGUUGAGUUUUGAAAUCCGCUUGUAAAUUGCUCCUGGGGCUGAAGUGUUGUGGAGGUGAAAGGACCCGGGGGAGGGGAGCGUGGCACUGGUGGAAAAGAUAUAUUGAAAGAUGGAUUAACACAUUGUUGGGUUUUUUGACAAUGUCUCCGGCCAAAUCCAUUUUACUUUACAAAAUAAAUCCCUUAAUAACAAAACAGGAUUUUCUUGCCGACAGAUAAAUGAAGAUCGUGUCUCUCAGCCACAGAAGACUCUGUCCACUGAGCCCCAGUUCGUUAAGUCUCUGUAGACAUUGUGUGUUUUUAUUCAUUUUGUGUGUCGCGUUAAUUAACACUGCACAUUUUAAUCAAUUCAGUUAGUAGAGCAGAGGCAGCCACUGAAGGCUUAUGACAGCAGAGGUUCGGAUCACUGAUCUAGGGAUUCAAUGUUUUUGACAUUUGCACCAUCUGCAGGCUGUUGUUAUAAAAGCUAAUCAAGCGUUCGGUCAGAUUUAAUUUGGCAAAAACAACCUUUGAGUGACAUUCGUGGUGCCCUGAGGAUGAAACCUAUACUAACUUUUGCGAUCCUAUGACUUUUCCUCUUGCGUCUCCAUAUUGUACAAAUUUUGUUCACGUUAGUUGUGGUCUUCGACAUUUUGUGCAAAAGAAUGAAAAUAUAUUGUCUCCAAUGUUGUAACAGUUUAUAAAAAAGUGAUAUAACUGAUGUUGUAACACUCUUUGCCUGCAGGUGGUGCAAGUAUUGAAAAUAUACACAGCAACAAUUACUUUCUUUGCCUGUAGGAGGCAGUAUCUACCUUCAUUCAUCUGCUCUCCUGUAGGUGGGGCACUUUGGCAUGCUCAGAACCAGGGCUGCAAUUUUCAGUCCGAACCCGUUUAAGCCCGAGAGGAAACCAACUGAAUGUGACCCAUACCUGCAGGCGUUCUGUUUUUUAUUUCCUAACCGGACCUAAACCCAACGUUUCUCCGGAUUACUGACACGGAAAAGAUCCAGCAGAUAAGCCGACUUGAUCGACUCGUCUCAAGCCUGAACAUCGUUUCAAGUGGUUAUCCGAAGUACUUAGAACCACUUAGAACCACAGACUGCUGGGACGGGUCUACCAUCAACUGAACUCCCUCGUGUACAAAGUUGCUCAAAUCACAUAAUCUUCCUUUAAACUGGUUUUAUUGUUAGUUUUUUUACUGCCGUCAAAACUGAUGAACUUCUUUGUUUGCUAAUGUUUCUUUCGUUGAGUAUUUUUCUACUGACCGUUCAACGUUUGGUGUAAUAUAACUUUAUAUAGACUUGUUUGAUACAUUUCUUACUGUGUUUAUCAGCAUCGCUCCUGACGGUGAUGCACCGGCUUAAACUCUGGUAUCAUGUUGUCUGCAGCUGUAAAUCAGUUUACGCUGCCGUGGCAGAUGAGAGUUCCUUGUUAUAUGGGUACUGUCAAAACAAAUGCAAAGGAUCUGAUGGGAAUCACACCGCCGCCACAUUUAUCACCAAAGAUGGUCGUUCAUAUCUGUAAGAGUCUCUGCAAAUGUUCAAAGAAAUGGAAACUUUAAGGACAUUUUAAAAAAAAGAAGAGGAUUAUGGUGUUCAGGAUGGAUCUGAAUUCCGUCACACACAAUCGGCCAGCAGCAGUGCAGUCAUUUUAUUAUCUCCUUUUCAACCUCCACACGUGAGGACGUCUGGUGGGGACGUUCUGUGACCUGAAAAACUAACAUGUUCAGCUGAAUCAAUGUAAACCUGUACAUUGUGAAAAGAUACGAUUAACUUGAAGAUGAAAUUCUCUUUUGUACAAUGAGCCAGUGGGGAGUUGAAUGGAUCCAUUUUAGAACUUUCCUUUGUCAAGAGUUCAUAUGCACGUCAGAAUCCAUUUCAUGCUGUAUGUCGCUCCUUUAAUCUCAUAUUGCUGACAGCACUGUACAAAGAUUCUACUUGCAGCGAAGAACUUUUUUUACUUUGUGUGAAACCCCUUAAUCUUCUCAUGCAGUCUGCGAGGGAAAGAAAAAAUACACACUUUUUGUAUUCUGUGUUUUUGUCUUUAGUCCAUUGUGUUGCUUCUGCCACCAAUAUUUAUCUUAGGGAAAUGUUGAAUGUAAUAUAUAAGAUAUAAAGAAUGUACUGUGAUUAAUAUUGACGGGUAUAACUUGGUGAAAGUUAUAAGUGAGUUGCAGCUACACAGGCAGCGAUUUUAAAUGGUCUUUUAUAAAAUCCUGUCUUUCCCCAGCUGGUCUGGGAGACAGACUCACCAACAACCACACCACACAUUUUUUCUAACACUGUGAUCUGUAAGGUAAAGACUUUUGUGCAUGCAUCUGUGCAUAUUCUUUGUUCAGCGAAGGACUGAUUCCCGUGGAAACUGAUUUUUAAAUGUUAAAUGUGUGAAUGCAUCACAAACAUGCUGCAGCACAAGAGGAGAAUAAAUUAGAUGUAACGAUGGUAUGAGAGUACCUCGUGCUUUAUGUGACCGUUUGUGUUUCCAUCACAUUCUCAUUUAUGCUGAAAAGAUUUAAUAUUGAUGGGAAUGUUUGUUUAAAAGUUGUUAUUGGUUCCUUUGUUGUAUUGAC